CUCCCUCCCUAUCCUGUUCCUUUCCUCCCUCCCGCGGGGCUCCGGCGGCGGCUGUAGCGCUCAGCGCGGGCAGGUCCCCUGCUGCCCGGUCCCAUUUGUUGUCUAGUCUGGCUCGGGGCGGCCGCGGCUUGCGGAGCUCCGGAAAGCCCGGCGGGGCAGCCGCGCAGCCACGACGGAGCAGCCUCGGGACUGGCCGCCCCGCGCCCCCUUCGCCGCCGUGCCCUUCCCCGGCGCGCUCACCCCCUUCUCGGGAUGGGAUUGUAGCGGCGGCGCGGACUCUGCGGGGAUCGCGGCGGAGGCGGCGGCGGCCGAGCGGGGCUCCAUGUUUUCCCCCGACCAGGAGGAGCACUGCGCCCCCAAUAAGGAGCCGGUGAAAUACGGGGAGCUGGUGGUAUUGGGGUACAAUGGUGCUUUACCUAAUGGAGACAGAGGCCGGAGGAAAAGCAGAUUUGCUCUCUACAAACGACCCAAGGCUAAUGGAGUUAAACCCAGCGCGGUCCACGUGAUCUCCACGCCACAGGCAUCCAAGGCCAUCAGCUGCAAAGGUCAGCACAGUAUAUCAUAUACUCUGUCGAGGAAUCAGACUGUGGUGGUCGAGUACACGCAUGAUAAAGACACGGAUAUGUUUCAGGUGGGCAGAUCAACCGAAAGCCCCAUCGACUUCGUUGUCACGGACACGGUCUCUGGUGGCCAGAACAGCGACGAGGCCCAGAUCACACAAAGCACCAUAUCCAGGUUCGCCUGCCGGAUAGUCUGCGACAGGAGUGAGCCAUACACAGCACGCAUAUUCGCAGCUGGGUUCGACUCUUCCAAAAACAUAUUUCUUGGAGAAAAGGCAGCAAAAUGGAAAAACCCUGAUGGCCACAUGGACGGGCUGACCACAAACGGGGUCCUGGUGAUGCAUCCCAGAGGGGGUUUCACGGAGGAGUCCCAGCCCGGGGUCUGGCGGGAGAUCUCUGUCUGCGGGGAUGUGUACACCUUGCGAGAAACCAGGUCGGCCCAGCAGAGGGGAAAGCUGGUGGAAACUGAGACCAACGUCUUGCAGGAUGGCUCCCUCAUUGACCUGUGCGGGGCCACCCUUCUCUGGAGGACGGCAGACGGGCUUUUCCACGCUCCGACGCAGAAACACAUAGAAGCCCUGCGGCAGGAGAUCAACGCGGCCCGGCCGCAGUGCCCCGUGGGGCUCAACACCCUGGCCUUCCCCAGCAUCAACCGGAAGGAAGUGGUGGAGGAGAAGCAGCCCUGGGCCUACCUCAGCUGCGGCCACGUGCACGGGUACCACAACUGGGGCCACCGGAGCGACACGGAGGCCAACGAGAGGGAGUGUCCCAUGUGCAGGACUGUGGGCCCCUACGUGCCUCUGUGGCUCGGCUGCGAGGCCGGUUUUUAUGUAGACGCGGGACCGCCCACGCACGCUUUCACCCCCUGUGGACACGUGUGCUCGGAGAAGUCUGCAAAAUACUGGUCUCAGAUCCCGCUGCCUCACGGAACUCACGCGUUUCACGCUGCCUGCCCUUUCUGCGCCACUCAGCUGGUUGGGGAGCAGAACUGCAUCAAAUUAAUUUUCCAGGGUCCAGUUGACUGAUGCCCUUGACAGCCAUCUGCGACUUUAUUAACAAGUUACUGUGAAGAUUUUUGCCACUAACUUUCGAUUUUACCUUUUUAUAAUGCUGUUUAUUAAGGGGUGGGGGGGCAAGGCUGGGAGGAGAGAGGGAACAUAGCAAUGAAACAUGCUGGGAAUUAACAGAUGUCAGUGGUGUGUUGCAUGCUCAGAACAGCAGCAUCGUCAUUGAAGUCUGCUUGAUUAAACCACAUUAUCUUUGUAAUAAUUGAAUUUAAAACACCAUGCUUUUAUUUUAACCUUGGGUUUAUAAACUUUUGUUUUCCUUUGUAGCUUUGGGUAACACUUUAAAUCAUAUUUUACAAAUGAAGAACUGUAUUCAAAAGUUGUUGGCUCACAAUACACCACCUCCCUCGCUGCAGGGUGUAGGUAUUGCCUGAAGGACAGGUGACAUCCAGGAACACCUGGUGCCAGCGAUCACCUAACCAGACACCAAAGGGGUGGCUCUGUAAAAUGCAGUGGUGGGCAAGGGACCUUAGGCAUGGGCUGUGGUUUUGAAAUCGGAAGCUUCUUUUUUGAUUUCUUUUGUUUGAGGGGAGAAAAUAUUCAUAUGUUGUCCUGUUUUUUUUUUCUAUUUAUGUGGGUGGAAUUUAAUUAUUUUAUAUACACAUUCACCAAAUACCUUGGCACUUCAAACAAAGAAUUUUCCCUAACUUUUUAGUCUGCCUUUUGUUAUUUCUGUCUAGUAUGUUUCGUCCUGAUACUCAUCGUGCAGGGCCAGGACUGUUUGGUUGAUUAAAAGGUAGCCUCGCUUAGAAACUCUCUCACCGUCGGUGAUCAUUGCAGCGGGAAACACAGCCUAGGUACUCUGACGGCAAGUUGACUUGCUUACCAAACUGUUUAAGAUUUAAGAGCGAUUAAAAGUGAGGUUUUACUUUUUAAAAACACUUGUUGGGGUUUCAUAAUUCUUUUUCCUUAAGAAAGCCAAAAUUCUGUGAGCCCGAGAGCGACAUAUCACAGUGACUUGGGCGUGUUUAUCCACUCCCUCUCCGCCAUCUGGCUCCUUCCCUCACAGCCUGUGAGCUGGAAGUCUUGAGAAUGUUUGCAAAUCAAGCCACAUUUAAAUGGGAUCAUUAGACACACACAGCACCAAGCAGUGCAUCUGCAGAGAUCAUUGGAAAUUCCUGAUUUAAAGAGCGCAAAUGAGUGUUUACUACGGAUUAAUUAAAUCAGAAUUUCAGAUGAGCUCCUCCAUCCCUCUCUGUUAGUUUCAUUUCAUUUGGAAUAAUAAUUCCUGGAUGCUCAUUCUGUGUGGUACCAGUGUAUCACUGCUCCCAGAAUGGGAAGACCCUUUAGGACAAAGCUGGCAGAGAUGAAACAGAUCCCUGCCACUUGGAACGAGUAUUUAUUUAAACAGACAUCCUCUUAAUUGACCAUUGCACAUGUGUGCUACACUUCCCUUAACUUUUGUAAAGCUGUCUAAUUUAUAUGGUUCUAAUAUACGAUAUCCAUACUUGAAUUGGUUUUUUCCUGUUUUGCCUACUGGCAAAUAUUUUACCUAUUUUCAAUUGUUCUAGCCCAUUUUUGAAUGUCCUUUUCCUUAAAGUGGUAAAAUAUAUUACGCUUGACUGCUGCUGCUUAAUUUGACUUAAUAUACAAAAAGUUAAUCCUCUCAGCUGCAAAAUAGCUUUCCUUUUUUAUGGAAAUUACUGUUUGGAAGGAGGUGUUUUGUUUUAGUAGGUUUGGAGUGAUGUGAAAAUCCACCAACCAUCCUCUGAUAGCUUACUCUGCUCUGUGAAGCGUGCUCUCCCUGCAGACAGAGAGGAAGCAAUGGAAUUGCCUAAAUGAUACAUCACAUGCCUUCUGAUUUAGCCAGACAGAGUCUCCAGUGUUCAGCUUUCAUUGACAGAGUGUGUCCUUUCAGUCUGGAUUCUUUGGGCUCCAUAAACUGAUUGAGGAGGCACACGGUCCCUUAUCUUGCUGCAGAAGGUGGUUUGAGGACUCUGGACACCCUAAAAGCACAAAUGGUCUUGCACACAGAAAGGCUGUAUUUUACGUAUCAAUUUUUUUUUCCAGAAAUAUGGUCUGAUACAAUUUUCCAUUUCAAGAAGUGUAUAUAAGUCUAGCAGUACUGCAUACAACAAAUGUCCCCAAAUAAAAUAAUCUUCCAACCUGAAAAGUUUCUGACUUUUAGCAAAGUCAGAUAGCUAAAAAGUGGAAACAUGGGUAAUAAAUUCUAAAGUCUUGGAAGGGGUACCAGUGAGCCGCCCUCUGUCAGUGCCGCGUCUUGUCCUCUGACCUCCAUGUGAGGUCCCCUCCCACCCUGCCUAAGAAACCGCAGGGGGGGCAAGUCUGCAGCAAGGACACCACGCUCCUCUUGUCCACAUCUAGUCAGAUCCCUGUACAGUUCAGGCUAUUGAGAUUUCUUUUUGAGUUGAGAGCAAGUUAGUGUGUAAGAAUAAAGAACUCUAGCUCACCAAAGCAGAGUAAUAGAGUUCAGAAAAGGUAACUUCUCAAAGGUUUUCUCAAAGCGGAGUAAUAGAGUUCAGAAAAGGUAACUUCUCAAAGGUUGUCACUUUUGUUACGUCUCGCAUCACAUGAAAGGGUGAGUCUCCCUCCCCCACGUGUGUUCAUAGGAAAUUACUCACCAUUAUCCUGAGCUCGGCCUGACUGAAAUGCCUUUUGUGAAUAGGUUUCUAGAAGUUCGGUCCCAGAGAUGUAUUCCCAUAGAUAUUUUUUUCAGUUGUUUACUAAAAAAAAGAUUCAGAAUGAAUGGGAUACAACUCAAUAUUUUUCUAGUCUGGAAUUUUUUUAUUAAUACUUGGUGCUGCCAGGUCCUGCAUGCUGCAACUCUUCACAUUUCCCUUAUUUGGUUAUGCUUUUUGCAAAAAGGGCUACAGUUCACACUGCAGAAUAAGUAUUAAGCUUUCUGGGUUUUUUUCCCCCCACUGUGGCCCAAAAGAAUUAAAAUCUUUUAAUAUAAAUAGAGAGCAUAUUUAUCAUUCCUUGAUAGUUAAUUAUAGAGUCUGGUACCUUUGUGCCUCAGGGAAGCCAUGUGAUGUAACUGGUUAUAGAAUUUCAGGGUUAGGGUUUAGGAAAGGAGAAAGCCAUUGGAAAAAUGACGGGCUCCAUUAAGGAGACUAAUGAAUCUGGAUGCAGAAAUGUGCCAGGAACCGGCAUACGCAUGAGUGUAGUGGAAUUUAUUUCUGGCGUCAGUAGGGAAACUGUUUUAAGUUAUUGCAUAUACUGAUCAGGAAAGUUGAGGAGCACUCUUCAUAAAGUUUCAAUACUUUAUUUUGCGUACAUAGAAAAACUCAAACCCCCGUUAUGUGGGAGCUCAGUAUUGUUGUUUGGGCACUUUUAAGAGUUUAAGGAAAACAUUUGCCUUCUUAAUUGAAGGGUAACAUGGGUUACAGAAUUAUUACAUGCCCUUCUGUGAUUUUGAUUAACUUCUUUUUCUUUAAGCCAUCCAGUUCUCUGGGUGUGCAUGAAGGCUGUGAUCACAUCGCCGUGAAAGCUGGCUAACCCCUAGUUGUCUUCAUGCAGUCCUGCCUGGUGACAGAGGGAUUUCUGCCAGACAAACCGCAGAACCUGGAGGUUAGGCCAGGCCCAGCUCCAUUCUCUUGCCUGUCAAUCUUGUGUGCCCACGGUGCCGCCCUUCGUGGGCGGAGGGUAUGAAGUUCCUCCUUCGGUGCUGGAAGCACGAGCCUUCCCUUAUGACCUGGUCAAAGGCUAAUGAGAACACUUGAGGAUCUUUUGAAAAGAAUGUAAGAAUUAUUGAAGUAGUAAAACAAGAAGUUUCCGUAUUUCUUUUUUAUGAAACUUAUAUCCUCUCAAGUAAAUUUCAGCCCUCAUGAACAAUCCCUAGAGAAAGAUAGGGAAAAGCAAAUAUUUUUCCAGUUCUGUUUAACUACUUUUAAACAAAAUAAGCUCCGUGAAAGGGAAGUUGUUUUUUCUUUUAAAGCUGAGGUGACAGAUUCCUUCUGUGUGUUAAAUAGGCUGAAAGUGAAGGGGUGGUCAUAUUUACCAUGUAUAGUGUUAUGAGUGGUUAAAUUGUAUGGCUAUAUUUGUAAAACUGUUCUUUUAUAUUUCAUGUCGAAUUGAAAAGUUAUUUCUUCACUAUUGUACCUGUGGAAAUACAAGCCAUUUUACAGGAAAAAAUCUUCAAAAACUAUUAAACAGAUCUCAGUAUGUUUAUGAGUGGUUGUCUUCAGACUCUGUGGCUCUCAUGAGUUCAUCAGGACGUCCAGCAGGAAGUUAACACGAAAGUAGACUUGAGUUUUUGCAUUUGUCAAACUUCCAAGUUGAUCCCAAACAAUUAAGCUUAUUCUUGUUUUAUAUUCCAUACAAUGCAUACAUAUUAAAGUCUGGAUACUGAAAAAUCUCCUUAAUUUUCUUAUUCAAAAAACUUCAUUGGUGCUUAUACUACUAUUUCUUGUGACAUUACGUCACUGUCAAAUUAACUUCCCAGUGAUCCUCACCUGGCUUGUAGAAUUCAUGGAUUUUUCUAUCUGAUCAU